AUGUACAUCCACUUCCUGGUGGUCCAGUCCAAACUGAAGAGCAUCAAGUAUGAUGGAGGAUCUGAGACUGAUCCACCCUGGAAUAAAAAGAACAGGAAGAUGAUCAAAAUCUUUAGAGACAAACCUAAACUGAACCGUCUCCAUCAGAGUGCAGUGGACCAGGCCUUACAGAGUCCAAACGGACACCUGGACUUGUUCCUGCGCUUCCUCCUGGGUCUUUCACUGAAGACCAAUCAGACUCUCCUGAGAGGUCUGCUGACACAGACCGGAAGUAGCUCACAGACUAAUCAGGAAACAGUCCAGUACAUCAAGAAGAAGAUCAUUCUGAGGCUGCUGCCAGUGAUCAAAGCCUCCAACAAAGCUGUGCUGAGUGGAUGUAACCUGUCAAAGAGAAGCUGUGAAGCUCUGUCCUCAGUUCUCAGCUCCCAGUCCUCCAGUCUGAGAGAGCUGGACCUGAGUAACAACCACCUGCGGGAUUCAGGAGUGAAGAAGCUGUCUGCUGGACUCAAGAGUCCUCAAUGUAAACUGGAAACUCUCAGACUGUCAGGAUGUCUGAUCACAGAGAGAGGCUGUGCUUCUCUGGCCUCGGCUCUGAGCUCCAACCCCUUCCACCUGAGAGAGCUGGACCUGAGUUACAAUCAUCCAGGAGACUCAGGGGUGGAUCUUCUGUCUACUGGACUGGAGGAUCCGCUCUGGAGACUGGAUACACUGAGGGUGGACCAUGGUGGAGAGCAGAGGUUAAAACCUGGACUGCAGAAGUAUGUCUGUGAACUCACUCUGGACUCAAACACAGCACACAGAUACCUCAGACUGUCUGAAGACAACAGGAAGGUGACAUGUGUGGAAGAGGAUCAGUCAUAUCCUGACCAUCCAGACAGAUUUGACUCCUAUCAUCAGCUGCUGUGCAGAGAUGGUCUGACUGGUUGCUGUUACUGGGAGGUCGAGUGGAGAGGAUUGGUUCAUAUAUCAGUGAGUUACAGAGGAAUCAGAAGGAAAGGAGACAGCGAUGCAUGUCUGUUUGGAUAUAAUGAUCAGUCCUGGAGUCUGCUCUGCUCUGAUGAACAUUACUCUGUCCGUCACAAUAACAUAAGAACAGUCCUCCCUCUCUCCUCGUCCUCUGACUCUCACAGAGUAGCAGUGUAUGUGGACUGUCCUGCUGGCACUCUGUCCUUCUACAGAGUCUCCUCUGACUCUCUGAUCCACCUCCACACCUUCAGCACCUCCUUCACUGAACCUCUGUAUCCUGGGUUUAGGUUGUCUUCUGGUUCCUCAGUGUGUGUGUGUUCUGUGUAGCAGGGAGAGUCUCCUCCUCCUCCACACACACACACACACACACACACACACACACACACACACACACA